UGCCCCGGGCGCAGCCCUGCCAGCCGCCUCCCUCCUUCUCUGAGCCGCCGCCCUCCUACCUGGAGCCCCCGCCGGCCACCGCCUCACAGCCCUACCUGCCGCCUCCCGCCCAGGGAUACAUGGCACAUCCCCAGCCCUACCUGCUCUCCUCCCAGGCCUCUCCUUCCCAGCCCGCGCAGCCCGCCCUGGCCUCCUCCAUCCCUCCCCCGGCCAAGCCCUCGCAGGCGCAUUUCCCACCGCCUCAGCCGUCCUUGCCCCCUCCCGCCGCUGCCCCGCCGGAGGCCGCGCAGGGUGCCGCCAAGGAAGGCGGUGGCACGGAGCAGCCGGACCCCUCCACCAUGACCCCCCAGGAACAGCAGCAAUACUGGUACCAGCAGCACCUGCUCAGCCUGCAGCAAAGGGCAAAAGCCCAUGCUCAGGGACAGCAGCAGAUGAAAAGUCCAGUAUUGAAGGAUGCAUCUGAGCAGAGAGCAAAGUCUGAAGAAGGGAAAAUGGGUGCUUCAAAUCAGCAGUCUGAACCUCCUCCACUUAAUGAUUCCCUGCCUCCAGCUUCCAAAGAAGAUGAGUCUUCUCUUACAUCCACUGAAACUCAGCUCAAUAUUGAACCUCCUGAUGACCCUGAGGAAGAUUUGAGAUUGCAGCAAUUGCAAGUGGCAGCAGCUCAGUGGCAGCAGCACCCCCAUCACCGGGUUGGAUUUCAGUAUCAGAGAAUAAUGCAGAAGCAUGCUCAGCUGCAGCAGAUAGUACAGCAGUAUCAACAGAUCAUGCAACAGCCUCCACACUUAGAGACAAUGUCAGUGGACAUGCAACUGCGGCAUUAUGAGGCACAGCAAAAACAAUUCCAGCAGCUUCAUAAAGAUUGGGAACGAUCAAUGAACCAACAGUGGCAGCAUCAGCUUCAAACCUACCCUCACAAAGAUCAGCUUCAAGAGUAUGAGAAACAGUGGAAAGCAUGGGAUGAACAGAUGAAGGUCACUCAGUCCCACCUGCAGGAGAAAGUGACCUCACUCCAAAAUCUGAAGAAUCAGUAUCCUGCAAAUGUUUCCCUGCCACCUCCAUUUAUUCCAUAUUCUCAAACUGGUCAAGGUGGCAUUCCUAUUAUGCCUCCAACUUUACCUUCAACUACACCUCCACUGAUUCCCCCACCUCUCUCUUCUGUUUCUCAGUUGUCCAAUUCCUCUGUCCCUUCAGGAUCAAGUUCUCAAAGCAGUCAAUCUACUGAGACACCGAGGCCAGCUCUGCUUCCCACCCCUGGUACCUAUGCAUCAAAAAUAGCUAGUUCAACUGUCUACUCACAUUAUCAUUCUCAAACAAGUUCAUCCUUUGGCUCAUCAGACCAUGGGAAAUCUCAAGUUCAUCUUAGUAAACAAACUGGAUCUGUUUCAUCUGAGCAAGGAUGUGGGGAACUGAAAGGCACUUCCGCAGUGUCUUCAACACACACAUCUAUUGUGCAGGAUAAACCAGUGAGGUCAGGUGGAUUGCUUCCAGAUCCUCCUAGAUCAGCGCGUUUUGAAGGCCCCAGAGGCCCUAGGUUUGAUGGAUGUCGAGGAAGAGGAUAUGACAAGUUUGAAGGCUCAAGACAGAGAGGACCUCGUUUUGACUCUCAGCGCUCAGAAGGAUACAGGUCACGUUUUGACAGACAGAAUACAGAUGGACAGUCUUCAAGUAGAUGGGGGUCUAUCCCACGAGGACCAGCAGGACAGUUUUAUACUUCAACAAAUGCAUCGCAUGGACAUGGUUCCCGACCUAGUGGCCCACGGUGGAUGGGGCCCAGGCCUCACUUGGGACAACAGCAGCAGCAGCAGGCACAGACAGAAUCGGAGUCAGAAAACAAAGAACCUUUUACAGACACAGCUAGUGAUCAGCAGACUGUAAGCAGAACACAGUCUACUCCCGAUGCACAGAGUGCAGGUCCCAUUGAGCCAAAUGAGGACCUGACAGACACUCAACAGGAACCAUCCAAACCUGAAGUCAAAGAAACUAUUUCAGACCCUCCUAAAAAGUGGACAUGGAGUUCCCAUGAUCCUAACCAGCCAGUAGAAGAGUCGAAGGCACCUACUUCACCUGCUCAGAACCAGAAUACUGUAACACCUGUAACAGGAAAUGAGAAUUUGGAUUCACCAGAUGGCCAGUUGACUGCUUCAGAUAGCACCCAGGACUUACCUGGACCAGAAAGCAGAGGAAAAGGGCCAUUUAUGCAUGAAGAUAGGGGCAAGGGACCAGUAAGCAGAGGAAGGGGCCGUGGCAGAGGGCAGGGGGAUGGCCGUGGCUGGGGAAUGGGCCGUGGCAGGGGCAUGGGAAGGAUGGAUGGUGGCCGGGGAAUGGGAAGGAUGGACAGUGGUUGGGGAAUGGGCAGGAUGGACGAUGGCUGUGGCAGAGGAUAUGUAUACAGAGGCAGAGGGCAGGCUAGGCAGGCAUCCAUCCGUGGCAGGGGAAUGUUCAGGAGAGCAGGCAGCAGGGAGAGGAUGCCAGAUGGACGGUCAGGCAGCCGAGAGAGGAUGCCAGAUGGACGGUCAGGGAGCCGAGAGAGGGGCCUGGGUGGGCGGUCAGAUAGCCAUGAGAGGGUAUUCUCUAGCCGAGACAGAGAACUAGCUGGACGGACAGGCAGCUGGGACAGGGGACGAGCAGGAAGCCGGGAGAGAGGCCCAGUCAGACGGGAGUGUAGCCGGGAAAGAGAACCUAUGCGGAGGGCAGGUAGCCGGGAAAGGGUCCCUGUCAGGCGUGCAGGUAGCCGGGAGAGAGUCCCCAUGAGGCGGGCAGAUAGUCGUGAGAGGGGCCUGGGUAGGCGGGCAGGUAGUCGUGAGAGGUGUCCUAUCAGGAGGGGAGGUAGCCAUGAGAGGGAAACAGGGAGACCUGAAACAGGCAAUAUGGGUAAACCCAUUCACCUAGGAGAUGACCCUGAUGAAUUGCCUCCAUACCAUCGAGAUGAAACAUUCAGGGGUUCUUGGGGUCAUGAAGAUGAUACAAUGCAAGAAGAAUUUCCUUUAGAUAGUCAAGAUGACCCUUCUUUGGAGCAUGAGCAAUUGGAUGACUGGGAAAGAGAACAAUACUGGAGAGAUCACAACUCUGAUUAUCAGGAUGAUUCUGUAGAUGCAUAUGACAGAGAUGACAGGUUGCAAUCCCACCAUUCACUGCCUCCAUUGUCUCCUCUACCACCACUACCUCCUUUAUCAUCUGAUCAUGACAGACGAGAUUCAUGGUGGGAUGACUGGAAAAGGCCAAGAGAAAGGGAACUAGAGAGAGAUCUAGAUAGAACUGGAAGAUCCUCAGAUAUGUAUCAUCAAGAUUUAGACAGAGAAUGGGAUAGAGAUUGGGACAUGAGAACUAUGGAUGACAGAGAAAUGGGGAAUCGUGACCUGGAUAUCCCCCCACUACCACCAUUACCACCUCUUCCGCCUCUAGACAGGUAUCGUGAAGAUAGGUGGAGGGAGGAUAGGAACAGAGAUCAUUAUGACAGAGAUCUCCGAGACAGGGGGGAGCUUAGGAUUCGAGAGUAUCCAGAAAGAUACGACACGUGGCGGGAAAAGCAAGACUACCUUCCUGAAAGGACUGAUUGGGAGAGGGAACGGUUGCCGAAUAGGUGGUAUCCAGAUGAGGGAGAGAGACUGCGGUCUCUGGAUGACCACUCAGAUUCAUCCCUUCCUCCGCCUUCACAUUCCUGCGAUAUGCUGGGAGCAGAUUCAAACCUGGACUCUGACCAGUCCUUGGGAGGAGUGAUGGUCCUUAGCCAAAGACAGCAUGAGAUAAUUCUGAAGGCUGCCCAGGAGCUCAAAAUGCUUCGAGAGCAAAAAGAACAGCUACAGAAGUUGAAGGAGUUUAAACCUGACAUUUCCACACAGGACCCUCCAAGAUCACAGAACACAAGCACAAGACCAGGUGCCUUUCAGGUCUCUUCUCAGCUAUCUUCAGAGGCAUCAGUAGAAGCCCAGGCUAUUAAACCUUCUCCUGCUGUUAUUAUAAAGCCUCCCGUGUUGUUCAGACAGCCCACCCCUGUGACAAGACCAAGUGCCCCACUGGCAAGGCCUACUACACCUAUGACAAGGCCACAUGCUCCAGUUUCUGCUCCAACUACAACCCCAAGUCAUGGUCAGUCUUUAAAACCAUCACCUUCUGCUGUGGAACAGGAACGCUGGGAUGAGGAUUCUUUCCACGGACUGUGGGACACAAAUGAGGAUAAAGGUGCAAAUAUGGAGUACGAGUUACGCAAACAGGAGUCAAUGAUGCCUCCACCUGUUUCCUCGCCUGUGAAAAUACCUUCUGUCCACACCUCUGUUCCAUCAUCUGUACCAGUGUCCCUUUCUCCAGUUAUUCCACCAGUUCCUAAAGCACCUGUCAUUCAGCAAACUGUGGAUUAUGGCCAUGGGCGAGAUAUAACUACCAGUAAAGUGGAACAGAUUCCGUAUGGGGAGAGGGUAACUCUUCGUCCAGAACCUCUACCGGAGAGGCAAACAUUUCAAAAAGAGCAUCCGGGUCGCUACAACAGAGAAAGAGAUCGUGAGCCUUAUUUUGAGCGUCAAGGUAAUUCCAACACAGAUCAUCGGGAUUUCAAGAGAGAGCGGGAAUUUCACAGAGAUCGUGGUUCUACGGACUAUGAACGAGAGAGAUUUGAAAAAGAGCGGCAUCCCAGAGAUGAUAGGGUUCUUCCUACUACACCUACAAGGACUCAGUCUUACCGUGACAAGAAGGACCAUCCGUCCUCCAGGCGAGGUGGUUUUGAAAGACCACCAUAUGAACGAAAGACAGAUCGCCCAGCGUAUGAUCAUGGGCCUUCCAUGUUUGGAGAAAAUUCUUCUGUCCAAACACUGGAAUUUGAAGGUGAUCGUAGAAAUUACCCCGAGGAAAGGAUUCCUAUUUCUGCUCCAUCAAUACCCCGUCAGCCACCACCUGCUCCAAGAAUGGAAAGGAAGCCAGAAUCUAAAAAUGUAGAUGAUAUUUUAAAGCCACCAGGACGGGAUAGCAGACCAGAGAGAAUCGUGAUCAUAAUGAGAGGGUUGCCUGGCAGCGGAAAGACACAUGUAGCAAAACUCAUUAGGGAUAAAGAAGUAGAGUGUGGAGGACCUGCACCAAGAGUGCUCAGCCUGGAUGACUAUUUUAUCACUGAAGUGGAGAAAGAAGAGAGAGACCCAGAUACAGGGAAAAAAGUUAAAAAGAAGGUCAUGGAGUAUGAAUAUGAAGCUGAUAUGGAAGAGACCUAUCGUACCAGCAUGUUUAAAACUUUCAAAAAGACCUUGGAUGAUGGCUUCUUUCCCUUCAUUAUCCUUGAUGCUAUCAAUGAUAGAGUGCGACAUUUUGAACAGUUUUGGAGUGCUGCAAAAACCAAGGGGUUUGAGGUGUACUUAGCUGAAAUGAGUGCAGAUAACCAGACAUGUUCCAAGAGGAAUAUUCAUGGACGCAAGCUAAAGGAUAUCAGCAGGAUGUCUGAGCACUGGGAGGCAGCACCUCGUCACAUGAUGCGCCUGGACAUUCGUUCUCUAUUGCAGGAUGCUGCUAUCGAAGAGGUGGAGAUGGAGGAUUUUGAUGCAAAUAUUGAAGAUCAGAAAGAAGAAGUCAAGAAGGACACAGCAGAGGAGGAAGAAAGUGAACUGGGUUACAUUCCGAAAAGCAAAUGGGAGAUGGACACUUCUGAGGCAAAGCUAGACAAGCUGGAUGGUUUGCGGACUGGCACUAAAAGGAAACGUGACUGGGAAGCAAUUGCCAGCAGAAUGGAAGAUUAUUUGCAACUUCCAGAUGACUAUGAUACACGUGCUUCUGAACCUGGAAAGAAAAGGGUGCGGUGGGCAGAUCUAGAAGAAAAAAAAGAUGCCGACAGGAAAAGGGCCAUCGGUUUUGUUGUUGGACAAACAGACUGGGAGAAGAUAACAGAUGAAAGUGGUCACCUUGCUGAGAGAGCCCUCAACCGCACCAAGUAUAUAUGAAGAAGUGGUUAAGUGGAUUUUUGUGCCUUGAAGGCCAUUUGCUCUGAGGAGAAGUGAACCAGGGUGUCAUGAGCAUCUUGCAUGGGUCAUGUCACUCCCACCUUCACAGUUUUUCUUUGUUACUUUAGUUUCAGCAAUUUUCUUGAGAUACUGGCAGAUAACCAGUGACCUCAAAAACUCAUUGAAUCCCACUGCUCCUACGUGAGAGAGACAGUUUACUUUUUAAUAUUUUUUUGAGGGGUGGGGGGGGAAGGGUCAGUAGUUUUAGCUGCUCUUUGUGGGAUAAAGUGGAAGGGUUAGACAGACGUUACCUCCACUGUAUCAUCACAGAAUGUUUAUCACCUUUGCUCUGUGGCUGUUCUCGUUUUAUACUGUAUGUACCUUGUAGCUUAUUGUAUUAGGAAGCAGAACAAUAAAUUUCACUAUAAACUCGGUGUUC